AUGGCCGACUCUCAAGUUACUCUGCGCACGCGCAAGUUCAUCCGCAACCCUCUUCUCGGACGCCGUCAGAUGGUCGUCGACGUCCUCCACCCCAACCGCGCGAACGUUUCCAAGGACGAGCUCCGUGGCAAGCUUGGUGAGCUGUACAAGGCCAAGAAGGAGGAUGUCUCCGUCUUUGGUUUCAAGACACACUUUGGUGGCGGCAAGAGCACCGGCUUUGCUCUCAUUUACGACAGUGCCGAGGCCAUGAAGAAGUUCGAGCCUCGCUACAGGCUAGUACGAUAUGGCAUGGCCACCAAGGUCGAGAAGGCCAGCAGGCAGCAGCGCAAGCAACGCAAGAACAGGAUGAAGGCAUUCCGAGGCACAGCCAAGGCCAAGGGUGGUGCGAAGAAGGAGAAGAAAUAA